CCGGUAGCUCGUGUGUGUGUCGUCGUGGUGGAUAAAAAGCCCUCGGCUGCCUCCCCCCACGGCAACUUGUCCCUGCAACGCGCUUGGUAUUUAUAUAUCCUUUGAGCCGUCGCACGCCGUCCUCAUCUUUGUUCCCGGACUCUCAUCAACACCCUCAAAGUUACUACCUGCUCUCAUUACUUCUUCUCCCUCUUCUCCUCUUGUAGGAACAACCCACACACAUAAUCACCAAGAUGGCGGCACAAGUAACAUACGUCGAGAACCUCCAGAAGUACCUCAGGCUGGACCAGAAGGGCUCCAUCAUCGCCGAGUACGUCUGGAUCGACAGCGAGGGCGGCGUCCGCUCCAAGUCUAGGACCCUGAAGGACGACAAGUACGAGCCCAAGGACCUGCCAACAUGGAACUUUGACGGCUCGUCGACGGGCCAGGCGCCCGGCGACAACUCGGACGUGUUCCUCAAGCCCGUGGCCGUGUUCCCGGACCCGUUCCGCGGCUCGCCCAACAUCAUCGUCUUGUCCGAGUGCUGGAACCCCGACGGCACCCCCAACAAAUUCAACUACCGUGACGAGGCCGCCAAGCUCAUGGCCGCCCACGCCGACCACGAGCCCUGGUUCGGCCUCGAGCAGGAGUACACCCUUCUCGAUACUGAGGACCGCCCUUACGGCUGGCCCAAGAACGGCUUCCCCGCCCCGCAAGGCCCCUACUACUGCGGUGUCGGCACCGGCAAGGUUGUGCAGAGGGAUAUCGUCGAGGCCCACUACAAGGCCUGCCUGUUCGCCGGCGUCAAGAUCUCUGGCACCAACGCCGAGGUUAUGCCUGCCCAGUGGGAGUUCCAGGUCGGCCCUUGCCUUGGCAUUGAAAUGGGUGACCACCUCUGGAUCUCGCGCUUCCUCCUGCACCGCGUGGCCGAGGAGUUCGGCGCCAAGGUUUCGUUUGACCCCAAGCCGAUCCCGGGCGACUGGAACGGCGCGGGCCUGCACAGCAACUUCUCGACCAAGGAGAUGCGCGUCGAGGGCGGCAUGGCCCACAUCGAGGCCGCCAUCAAGAAGCUCGAGGGCCGCCACGCCGAGCACAUCGCCGUCUACGGCGAGGGCAACGAGAAGCGCCUCACGGGCCGCCACGAGACGGGCGCCAUCGACCAGUUCUCGUACGGCGUCGCCAACAGGGGCGCCUCCAUCCGUAUCCCCCGCGAGUGCGCCGCCAAGGGCUACGGCUACUUUGAGGACAGGCGCCCGGCCUCCAACGCCGACCCCUACCAGAUCACCGGAAUCCUCAUGGAGACCAUCUUUGGUGCCAUCAACUAGACCUUUUCUUGUCUGUCUGUGCAUUGCAGUGUGGGAGUAUUUUUUUUUUGGGACAUGUUUGUUUUGGGAUGCGGUAAUUGGGAUAUAUGGUUGUUUUCCUCAUUAGUGUCCGAGCCAUGUUAUUGUUUGUCGUCUACUACCCCGGCUUAUAGACUUUACGAGUUAUAUAGAAUAUACAACUUUGAUUUUAUGACUCCUUGUGGCAGCCCCUGAAGGAUUGUGAGUUUCACUCCAAGAGCCAAUAUUAACCAAGGCAUUUGCGCACUCAUCAUGUCCAUUGUAUUCCUGAUCUUGUCUAGAUGUUGCGAAACAAACUGCCCAAUAGAAGAGUCCUGACUAGCCAAGCCCUUCGCCUAACGGCCCCUGAGCGCAACCGUCGACGAGAACGAUGGCGCCGUCGACACCGAUGAAGACCCCAAGGCGGCCGACCCUCCUCUUCCUUCC